GUUAUCUCGUUCAGUCGGCUGUUAGACUUGACUCGUGUAGCGCGCAAACUGUGGCGAGCUCUGCUUCCAAGAAGAAAGCACAAGUUCUAGGACUAUCAUUUGAGAUAGAAUCUGUGACGAGGAUCUUGUAAUAAGGAUUUGUGGUGGUUAAUCUAAUAUAGCUAUCAAAAAAUUGGUAAUGGUUAAUGAGUGUUCCAUAGAAAACAGUAUCGUGAACAUCGUGGCUGGUGAACGAAAGCCAUAAUUUGGUGAUUAGAACAAGUGAUUCUGCUGUGUCAAUUCAAGAAUUAACCGUGCAAGAAGGGGCUUUAUCCCAAUAGUGACCGUGUCAGACCAAGUUCCCCGAAAAAGUAGCCACCAUUUUUCCCUUCGACAUCUUCAACUUGUACUCCGCCGAUCUGGAGCAACGGAGCAACUCACUGAGCCUGGAGGCAAACUGCCUUAAAAGGCGAAAAUGUAACAGUGACAUGGAGCGGGAACGUGAUAGAGAUCGUGACCGCGAACGAGGGGUUGAGCGAGCCUCAUCGAUCGGUGGAGUAGCUGGCAUCGGGGGAGGAGGCGGUGGCGGUGGGGGUGGUGGCGUCGCUGGAGGCGGUGGAGGCCCUCGAGACGAUCGAGAUGUUAAACCCCCGCUGGAACCCAGGGAUUUGUCGGCAACGCGCCUUUUUUCCACGACGCAAAUUAAAAUCAGCACUUCACCCACCACAUCGCCAACUAUUUCCAACUCUUCAUCCCCGACGCCGACGCCUCCGAUUCCAGCAGUUUCCCCAGCGGUUAGUGGAGUUGGCAGCGGAUACCACCACUCGAAUCAUAAGCAGAUCACGGGAAUCCCGUGCGUUGCCGCGGCCUCGAAGUAUACGGCUCCGGUUCAUAUCGAUGUCGGCGGGACAAUCUAUACCAGCUCUCUGGAAACUUUAACCAAGUAUCCCGACUCAAGACUUGCUAAACUGUUCAACGGGACAAUCCCAAUAGUUCUGGACUCUCUCAAACAACAUUACUUUAUCGACCGCGAUGGCGGCAUGUUCAGACACAUUCUCAACUUUAUGCGCAACUCCAAGCUUUUGGUGGCAGAAGAUUUCCCCGAUCUCGAUCUACUCCUAGAGGAGGCCAGAUACUUUGACAUUGUUCCUAUGAUCAAACAAAUCGAUCAGUUGAAAAAGGAACGGACCCGCAGUGGGAAUGGAUUGCCGCCAUUCGGGAGCAGUCGACAGCGUAGCAAAUCAGCAUCACCCCAGGACGUCAAUCAUGAUGUUGUUGCCCUGCACAUUUCGCCCGAUCUUGGAGAACGGAUUUUGAUCUCUUCCGAGCGGGCAAUCUUGGAUGAAGUAUUUCCUGAAACCAAUCAGGCUAUUCUCGACGCCCGAACCGGAGCAGCAUGGAAUCAGUUCGAUGGAAGGCAGGUGAUUCGAUUCCCACUGAAUGGCUACUGCAAGCUGAACUCCAUUCAGGUGUUAACUCGACUUUUGAACGCCGGAUUCACCGUUGAGGCGAGCACUGGAGGAGGUGUCGAAACUCAGCAGUUCUCCGAAUAUCUUCUAAUCCGUAAAGGUUCAAUGUGAUAAUCUAAGUGUAAUUGAAUGAUUGUUUGAGAGGAACUAUGCUCAACUAAACUUUGAAACAGGAAUAUGUGUUUGAAACAUGUUUUAGCCAACUAUUAGUAAGCAUCGCUUAAUUUUAUUUAUUCUACUCGCAGUAGCAAUCGAGAAAGUAUCGCGGCAGAGAAAUGAACUAUGUCCAUUUUAAUGUAGUAUCGAAACAUAACAGACGACGAGGAUGAAAACGAAUGCGAUCAAGCUGGUGAAGAACACAGCUAAAACUAUUAUACGUGGAUAAGCAAAAUCUAAUUGAAAAUUAGUGUAAUUAGAAAAUUCAAAAACAAAAAGAAAUUAUUCAUACUUUAUGUUACCUCUUUUAAGUAAGUGACAUUGGAAAGCAGCUAAUAAAGCAACUCUUCUACUCUUAAACGUUAAUAUA